UUCCCUUUUAUUUUCUAGAAGGAUUUGAAGGUUAAAAAAAAUGGAGCAAAAAUCAAAUUUUAGUGAUUUACCAGAAGAUAUAGUGAUGGAGAUUUUGUCAAGAUUGCCUGUGAAAUGUCUCUUACAACUAAAGUGUGUCAACAAAAAAUGGAUUACUGGGAUGUAGACUCUGAAGACUGGCGUUCUCCUACGAUUAUUUCAGUCUAUACGUUGAGUACGAAUUCCUGGAAAACUUUUGAGGAAUUCAGGGUUUCUAGUCGCAACGUGGCCAAAUCAAAUGGUAACACAUAUUUGAAUGGAUUUUACUAUUGGAGGGCAUGUCAAAAUGAUAAAAUCUUUGGAUUUGAUAUGAGCAAUGACAAAUUUUUUGAAAUUCAAACACCAAUGUCAUUUAUAUCCAAACAAGGGGACUUAUCAUUGUUUAAUGAUUUUAUUGCUAUGUACAUUUAUGAGCCAUUAAUUCUUGGUAGAGAAACAUGUAUUGACAUAUGGAUUAUGGAGAAAAAUGGCUAUUGGACUAAAAAUAUGAGAAUUGGCCCUUUUUUAAAUAUCAAAAGAUCACUUGGAUAUGGAAACAAUGGGGAAAUUUUUCUUGAAGUUGUCACAUAUCAAUUGGACAUAUUUGAUCCUUUUUUAAAGAACAAUAGAGUUCUUAGCCAACAAAAAAAUGGCUACUCUUUGCAAGCUUUUGCUUACAAUGAAAGCUUAGUUUCAUUGAAAAAUAUUUCAUCUUGUAAUUUAGUUGCUUAGUGAUAUAAAUGACAAUGAUGGCUAUAAUUUAAAUUCUACUUUUUGGUCCA